AUGCAACUGUCUGCCAUUGCGCAACCUAUCACUCAGCCCAGCAAGCCACCUACUCAUAUGAUGAUUCGUUUCUCUCGAGGCAUCCAUUUGCGCCAUCCCUGUCGAUUCAGUGAAGUGGUGGGCAUUGCCCAUUCGAGGGCCGCGUUACUCACCUUUGGAUUGGCAGCCUGGUUGUUAAGCGACAACUACACCAAGUGCGAUACUUGA